AUGACACUCCCAGCGAAACGUGUUUGCUUAGAAGCAUUACCGGAUGAUGUGGUUAAACCCGCCGAGGAGCCAAACUCCGGAGAUUCUGAUAGUGAUUCAACCAGUCCGGAAGGGUUAGAGGAAUCAGAUGUGGGUAUCGCGGCUUUUAUCAAUCCGAAUAUUCAUGGCUUCAAAUGCACAUUGAAAAAUCGGUACAAACAGUUUUCUUUAAUCCCAUUUAAAUUGACCAGUUUCGUUCAGACCAAACCGGAGGCACAGUCCGCUGUCGCAAUACUUGAACCGUACCAUGCUGACCUAACCAAAUUGAUGAAUCAUGAAUGCGAGCAGGUCAAAAUCGAGGCGCCAGAACUGAAAGAGGAACGAACGGCGAUUCACAAAGCAAUUCGCGCUGUUUAUCCGCAGCUGGAUAGUCGAACUGUCAGAGUGGAUGAAUCACAUCAGAUCAUUACGGUGAAUCGAGCUGCAUCUGGUUGCCCCUCGUUUCGUGUACCUAAAAAUCAAGCCUACUGUCGCUUUGUUCUGUACAAAGAAGGGAAAGAUACAAUCAGUGCCAUUCAAUUGCUCAGCCGCUGCUUGCACAUUCGUCCAGGUUCAUUUGCCUAUGCAGGAACCAAAGAUCGUCGAGCUAUCACUACACAGUUUGUCACAUUGAAAGGCAUUGAUUCGCAUCGUUUGAGUGCACUGAAUCGAAAAUUACGCGGUAUUCGUCUGGGCAAUUUCUCCUACGUGCCGAGGCCCUUGUUUUUGGGUGAUUUAGACGGGAAUCGUUUCACCCUGGUGCUCAGGUCGGUACAAGCCUUGGAUUCGGUUGUACAAAAGGCGAUUGAAGUAUGGCAACGAGAUGGUUUUAUCAAUUACUAUGGUUUGCAACGAUUCGGUCAUUCGGCAAAAGCCAAAAGUUUUGAUACCGGCAGGUACAUUAUUCAAAACGAUUGGACUAGCGCUAUCAAUGCCAUUCUUCUCCCAACCAAAGCCGAUCUACCCUGUGUACGGCAAUUAAAACACAAUUACUUGAAGGGGGAUAGCGCGAAGCAGUGUGCCGAUUCCGGACCACCCUGUAUGGAACGGGAACUGUUAUGCGGUGUGGACAAACACGGGUUGACAGUUAAAGCACUCCAGUCGCUACCACGCAAUCUUCGUCAGCUUUACGUGCACAGUUAUCAGAGUCGGAUAUGGAAUCGUGUAGCAACUCGUCGCAUCCGUGAUCUUUCCACAGACACAGACAGUCUCCCACACACCAUUGCCGGUGAUUUGUAUCUGCCGAGUGCGGCAGAUCUUGGUUGUGACCUCUUGGAUGAUUUUUCAGUUGUUCCGGAGGACGAGGAUUCGGAAAGACAGGAUCAAGCGCGUCGAUCGGACGAUCGCCCAUCUCUUCCCUGCCCUAAAGUUGCUACGGCGACAGAUUGCUCUUCCAUUCCGAUCACCGAUGUGGUCCUUCCUCUACCCGGUUUCGCUGUCCGAUAUCCUGAGAACGAGAGCGGUCAAUGGUAUCACGAGCUAUUAAAAGAAGAUGGGCUCACUGUGGACAGUCUACGUCAUCAGGUGAAAGAUUUCGCCCUCCCCGGUUCUUAUCGGGCUCUGGUUGUCAAACCGAAGGAUGUCUCGUUCACAAUUCGUGAAUACACUGAUCCCAGUGUGCCACUGAUUGAAUCAGAUUUACAAAAACUGGAAGGCUCUGCGAACCAGUCAAACGAAACCAACGCCCACGAGCACAACGCAUCAUCGGAACCGGUAGAUAAUUCGAACACAAGCAAAUCGGAACGAGCUGUCGUUUUACAAUUCACGUUGCCUAAAUCUAGUUACGCAACGGUCGCAAUACGAGAAUUGACCAAAUGCUUUGUGGAAAAACACUGA